AUGCAUACCUCUUCCUACCCGACCAUUAACCCAGCCCUCAACCCCCUUCUCUCCCAAGCCGGGAAGACAGUUCUCAUCACCGGCGCCACGGCCGGCAUUGGCUUCGCAAUGGCCAAGUCGUUUGUCACCGCUUCUGCUUCCAAGGUCGUCAUCACGGGUCGAAGGCAGGAAAGACUCGACGAAGCCGUUGGUCUUCUCCGCCAGCACGCCAAGGAGCUCGGGAAGCAGACGGAAGUAGUCAGCGAAAAGUCCGAUGCGGCGAACAUGGAGGAGAUUGAUGCCUUGUGGAAAAAACUGGGAGAGGAAGGAGAGGUGGUGGAUGUGCUUAUCUUGAAUGCGGUUGGGGAGAUGGCGGCCGGGGGCCUGUGUGAGGAGGGGGGCAGGACGACUGUUGAGAUUUGGGCCAAACUCGAAGCGAACCUCAGGGGACCGAUGAGGUAUACUGAGCUUUUUAUGAAGCAGGGGAAGGACAGACAGAAGUUCCUCAUCAACAUCUCCACUGCAUCUGCCCACAUAAGCUUUCCCGAGUACUCGCCCGCUCUUUCCUCCAGCCCAGAGUACGGCUUCACCAAGGCCACUGCUGGCCUCUUCUUUAGGUACAUUGCUCAACGGUCAGACCCGGAGAAGAUGCAGGUGGUGAGCAUUCAUCCGGGAACCAUCUACUCGGAGUUGUGGCAGCGGCUCGGCGUGGAAAAGAGUGUCCUACCUUUUGAUGAUAUCUCGCUGCCAGCUGACUUUGUGGUCUGGGCAGCCACCAAGGAGGCGAGAUUCAUUCAUGGUCGCUUUGUUUGGGCUAAUUGGGAUGUAGAAGAGUUGAAGGCCAAAUAUGCGGAGCGUUUCAAGCAGGAUGCUGAACUGUUCAGGUUUGGCGUGUGUGGUUUGGCUGGGAGCAACCUCCAUGUCAUUCAAUGA